AUACUCUGAUCUACUAUCCAACGCUCAUCAUAAUAAUACCAAAUAACCUCAUCUACAUCCGAGAUAACACUCCCUGUACUACUGCAACUAAUUCCAUCGUCCGUUUCAGCCUUGCGGCGCAGCACCUCGAGUGACCACAAACUGGCCAUGAUGAACCAACACUUCUCUUAAUCCUUGUCAUAUUCAACAUGGCUAGCAGUUCAUGCGAGGCUGUGUCGCUUUCGUGCAUAUUUUCGCUGUCUUGAGGGGUAUUUGGUCGUGGGAGAUUAGGAUGGGAUUGUUGUAUAAUUAGCUGCUCCCUGGCUGGGCUUUCUCCUUUUCUUUAGCUUCAUAGAUCUGUCUGUCAAUAUGAGCGCAUUUUUCCUUUUCAUAUUAUUUCUCGCCAUCGAGAAUGCCACUGGCACAGCUCUGCGUUCAAUCAGUCAAGAUAACCAUCUCGCAUUUCCCCAAGCACGACAACUCUCCGCUGCAACUUCAACUUCACAUUCCAAAUUGAAAGCUCGAACAACUAUAUCAGAAGUCCUCGCAAGCAAGGCCAGCUUUGACUAUAUCCAUGAAAAUGACGACAACACCGAAACUGUGUUUGCGACAACAUUGAAUGUGGAAUCGAAACAACCGAUUCUGGUCCUGGAAGAUGUAGAGCCGUGGGUGGAGGAUAUAUCCUGCUCAGAGUCACAGAUCCGUCUGGCUUUCAGUUCUUUCAAGGAUAUUGAGACCUUCUAUUAUUCACUCGACGCUCUGCGUGAUUUUGUGAUUGUCACAGCGCAUGAAGGCUGUGAUUUGGACGGUGAGAGAGCCACGCAUCGGGUCAUAGGAGUCAGACUCGAUAAUAACGACUUGAUUGUACUGAAACAACCACUCGCAUGGCAAGAAGCAUUCCACUCUACCCAAGUCUCCUUUUCUCGACGACACAAAUCCGAGAUCAAAAAGCGUUCCAAUGUCUUCGCCAAAAGACAGCAGGAAGAAAGUCCUUCAACAACAAAAGUUAUGACAGGCUCUGGUGCAACACCGACAGUUACGUUUCCUGCUGUUUCAUCUGCGACCUCAGAGCUGCCAUCUUCGGCCACCGGGUCUCUCGACAAGAGCAUCGUUGAUCAGGUCAUCUUUCCGCCAAAGGGCCCUGUUGUUAAUUAGUUCAUGUAUGUACAUUCCCUAUCGGAAUAGAGACAUGGCUGACUGACUGAGUCCUAGCCCCCAAGGCGUCACAGUAUCAUGCAAAAACUGCACCUUCGAAGGCUCAAUCGAAAUCAGCCAGGGCUCAUUCAACAUGUCAUCAUCAGAUGGCAUCACAGACGACAUCAGCAAUACAA